CUCUUGCCCGAGAACAUCCAAAACCAUCACCAAGAGGGAGGAUGAGAUUCGCGCUCUCGUUGAUCUCGAGAGAAAUGGCAUGGGACCUAUAAAUAUCCGAGUGUCCAGGUGAGAAAUCAUCAGUUCACUGGCCCCGUUCAGCGUGACAACAUCUCAACAUCCUUUGAGUGAUUUCCACCGCCCACUGCAACCAAUCAACCAAUCAACCAAUCAGCUAACCAGGAAAAUGGCUUUCAAUAACAAGAUGAUGAUUGCUUCCACGGUGGCCGUUGUGUUCUUCAUGCUCCUCGUCCUGGAUCAGCCCUCUAGUGCGGAGGCGGGGCAUGGCCACGGUCACGGGCACGGGCACAAGGCUCAUGGUACGGCUUGCAUCGUGAAGGGCUCGUAUUGCUCGUGUCAUUACUGCAAGUGCGAGAAGGGUCACAUUCACUGCGGCGGAUACGGCAAGAAAGGCUACGGCAAGAAGUACUGCUACGGAUCCAUGGAGGGGGAAUACUGUCAUUGUGAUUACUGCAAGUGCAAACACGGCUACGGCUCUUCCGGCUACGGCAAGUGCCACUAGAGUGGACGACACCCUUGAUGAGUGGGAAACACCUUCCCAUUGUACUAAUCUCCACGGCCAUAUCCUUCCUUACUGACGAACUACGCUUUCUUGCCAAGUCCACGGAGACAUCUCAUUGGGUGUUCUGCCUUGAAGAUCUCAAUCCCGUUUUAGAACUUCCAAGUGUUAUUGAGGACAACAACGACGAGACGAUUCUCUUCGUGGCUGCUAUCUUGGGUUUGGGGGUGAACUGUUUCUCUGAAUAAGAUGAUGAUUUUGAAAAUGAUUUCCGCGGAUCCCGGUUGAUCGGCAUAGGCAACAAAUUGUGAUAUCGUUCUUGUACACCACGUUUUAUACUAGUCAUCGGCCAAAUGUCGUCGUGAGCUCUCGAGUUGUACCGUGUAUAAUGAGACGGUCUCGCAACGUCAUUUCUUCUUUUGUCUGCAUAACCCAGUCAAUUCUGCAAUAAUAAAGAACCUUGUUGAAUACAUACAUACUCUCGCCAAAACGAA